UUAUGUGUUUAAUUCGGUUUCUCUUGACACCGUUACGAGCAGCAGUUGGUUGCAGUUCUCCACUUUGCUCUGCUCGCACCAUCCAGGCGAGUAGCUAUGUGACAGAGUGGCCGCUGCUUUAUCCCGGACCCCCAGCGUCUCAGUCUCCCCCGUCCACUCAGGAUGGAUCAGAGGAGAGCUGACACCAGCAUCAACCCGGUUUCGCUGUACGGGGAAUUUACGGUCACUGGUAACCGAAAAGCCAGGUGUGCCGUGAGCUUGACCGAGAAGGACCUCAUCGUCCAGAGGCUUCUUUUGGCACCUGUCGGGCGAAACAAGGUGGUGCUCAGCCUGAAGGACUGCGUCGGUUGCAGGGCAUACCGGGAAGGUGACAACGCGGACCCGGCAGCAUACUUGGCAGUCUACUUCUACCCGCUCAAACGCCGCUGGAUGAGUUCCGGGAUGUCGCGGCAGAGAGCGGAGCAGUGCUUUCGUCUCGCUUCGCUCCAGGACCCGUGCGCUAACCUGGAGGAGGCGGAGAAGUGGGCUCGCGCUGUUCGAGAACGCUCUGCACGGCAACAGUACCUAAGAGACGGGGCGUCAAUGAGCGUGUUGUCUCGUCCGAGCCGGAUGAUGCUGCUUAUGAACCCGCAGAGCGGGAAAGGACAGGCGCUCACUCUCUACAACAACCACAUCCAACGAAUGCUCAACGAGGCGGGAGUCACACACACUCUGGUCAUCACCGAGAGGCAGAACCACGCCCGAGAGCUGGUGAAGGAGGCCGACCUGUCGCAGUGGGACGCUUUAGUCAUCAUGUCCGGAGAUGGACUGCUGUUUGAGGUGAUAAAUGGUCUGCUGGAGAGACCAGACUGGGAGGAGGCCAUCCGAACCCCGCUGGGUAUUCUUCCUAGUGGAUCAGGCAAUGCCUUGGCUGCAUCUAUACAUCACUACUCUGGAGCCUCGCCAGUGUUCAGUGAGGAGCUCCUUGUCAGCUGUGGUUUCCUGCUCUGUCAAAGACUUGUGGCCCGAAUGGACCUGGUCUCCAUCCAUGUGGCCUCCAGCCCUCGUCUCUUCUCCUUCCUCUCGCUGGCCUGGGGCUUUGUGGCCGACGUUGACAUAGAGAGCGAGAAAUACCGUCAGGUCGGAGCUGCCAGGUUUACUAUUGGCACGCUGGUGAGGCUGGCUUCUCUCCACAUCUACAAGGGAAAGCUGGCUUACCUGCCUGCCACAGAGGACUACAGCAAUGAGGAGGGUUUAGAAAAUAACCAGAUACUGCAUUGUAACAAUCAGGCUUCCUCCUUGGCUCCGGCCUCUCGACCAUCCAAAGACUCUCCCUGCCAGAACACUUUUCACAACUCCUGCCACUCCAACAACUCCCUCAAAGUGCAGAGAACGGAGAGCAUGCCUUCUCGAAGCGCUACCAAAGGCCCGUCUGACUCCCUUCUGCUGCCUCUUGACCAGCCGCUGCCCAGCGACUGGGUGGUGGUGCAGGAGGAAGACUUUGUCCUCAUGCUGGCCAUGUACCAGUCCCACCUGGCGGAGGACCUGCUGGCAGCCCCAGGCGCCACCUCGGAUGACGGCUUCAUCCAUCUUAUCUAUGUCAGAGCAGGGAUAUCACGCACCGCGCUGCUGAAGCUGUUCCUAGCUAUGGAGAAGGGUGCACAUCUGACUACUAACUGUCAGCAUUUAGUGCACACUAAGGUGCGGGCGCUCAGGCUGGAGCCACAUUCACCCAAAGGGAUAAUAACAGUAGAUGGAGAAGUGGUGGAAUAUGGGCCGGUGCAAGCAGAGGUACACAGAGGCCUGGCGAGAUUAAUCACUGGAUGAACAAUCAUCGCCACCAACUUUCAUCUCUAUUAAAGGCCCAAUAAACACAUUUUAGCAUUUCAACUGAGACAUGUCCAGAGCAAUGAAUGUAAGACUCAUUCACUGUUAUCUGCAACCUCAUAGCCUCUCAUCGGUACGUAGAAAACACGUUUCAGUAGACGAUUAUGUGAUAUUACGACUCAGUGUUCAAUAUUAAAUAAAUAGGUAAGACAUUAUGAAAUGAAUAAUCAUAUUAAUUAAUGCAGACAAGAUACAUAAUAUAAUCAUGAAAUUGUAAAACAGCCUAAUAUAUGUUUUUUAAUUGUUCUUUCAUCUAGCUUCUUUUCAAAAUAAGAGCUUUAGGUUUUUUUAUUUUAUUUUCCACAUUUUUAUUUAUUUCACAACGCACUUUUUUUGUGUCCAUCAGGACAAACAGGGCAGAGUAAGUUAUGUGAUUGGACAGCCAAAAACUUAAUUACGAAACCUUCAAAAGUCUUGAAUUUUUUAUGGUGUGCACAAAAAAAUAUAUAUCAUCUUUCAUGACUUCAGGGGCUCUGUACUUUUUACCAGCCUUUUGAAAAAGUACUUUUUGAAAAAAAAACAAAAAACUGCUGGAAUAAAGUAAACAAUGAAUGCAGUUAUUUUAAAAAGGAACAGGAUAACAUUUCACAAUAAUGCGCUGAGGUUUAAAAAAGUAUUGAAUUGUUUCAUUAUUUUAAUGCCUCUAUUAAUUUAAUAUUGAACACUUUGGGACUCCAUAGCCAUGGCUGAGCUUACUGUAGACACACAGUUCAUGAUAAAGUGUAUCUCAACUUGUUUAUCACUGCAUGGAGCGGAUUUCUUCUCUGUGCUGAAGCUGACCUAGCAACCUGAAUUACGGCAUCUUCUGCGACAGCAAAGGUUGGAUUUAUGCCUUCAUGGCUCCUCUGCAGUAUGUUGGAGACUGUGUGUGUGUGUGUGUGUGUGUGUGUGUGUGUGUAACAGAGGUGGUUGGGCUUUGUGACUGUUUAUUGAACACAGAGAGCCUCAAACACUCAAUUAAGGCCACAUAGCAAGCAAUAUAAGUAAGUAUGUUAUUUACUAUUAAUAUUUAAUUUGAAGAGAGAAGAGAUCUGAAAUAUUUAAUGAUAACAGAAACAAAAAACCUGUUUGGGAAAUACAUUCACAAUAAUAUUACCAUCAUUCAUGUAGUCCUGGUGGUGGAUUCAUUUGUAGUUCAUCGCCAUUUUGAGUCUUGAAUAAUGUUUCUCAUUUCUCGUUUUGCUUCUUCUAGUCUCAAUAUAUGUGCUUUUCCAUUUAAAAAGAUUUUUUCAACAACUAAUAAUUGUUUUUUAAAUAGAACAGGUUUUGAAAUAUCUGUCGCUGACAUUUUUGCCUACAAAUCAAUGGGGGUAAAUGGAGUUUCGUUUAUUGUGCUCAAAGCUUUGAAAAGUCAACAGACUUCACUGUCAGUAGUAUCAGUAGUAUAUCGGGUCUGUUUCAGUAGAAAGUAGUUCCAGUAAAAUCUGUUCACAGUGAGCUCUGUGGAUUAUCCAGAGUAACCAAAGCAUUUAGUCAGGAAAGAGAUGUUAAACAUGCAUUUUAUUUUGCUGCAUCACAAACAAAAUGCCAUUGACAACCUUAUUACUAUCAAUGCAGAAAUCUCAUAGAUGGACAUUAAAACCUGCUCAAUUAAACCAAAGCUAUCUGCAUGACUAGGUCAAAGAGAAAAGUUUCUUUUUGUAAUUUGGGUGAAUGGACUCUGUAAUCCACCACUUUGGUGCUGAUUUAUCCCGUUAAUGUGAAUAACUGGCUCAAUCACCUACGAGUUUACUGGCAGUAAAUUAAGAAAUCACUAACUAAAGUAUAAACAGAUAAAACAAAAGUAGUGCUCCAGAAAAAGUUAAUUACAACACUGAACUCUUGAAAAAUACCUACUGUCCCUAUGGGGGAUUUAUUAAU